UACGGAUGUUUAAAGAGAAAAGAAAUCUUCUCUAGGCUAACCUAGGGGCAGAGAAUGAACAGAAUCGAGUUCUGUUACCGUGAUUAAAGCCCUAACCUCUUCGUUGAUCGGCGACUAUCACGGCGGCUCCGGCGACUAUCAGAAGGAGAGAAGCAAAGAAGCAUAUAUUGGUCUUUGCGGAAGCAAUUUCAACUUCCUCCGAAUGGCAUUGGUUGUAAUCUGUGGACAACCUUGUAGUGGGAAGUCAAAAGCUGCACUUUGCUUAACUGAGGCUCUUAAAGAGAUUGAAUCAAAUCCAACAGUCAGAAUUAUUGAUGAAACUUCAUUUCAUCUCGAUCGCAACCAAAGCUAUGCUGACAUGCCUUCAGAAAAGAAUUUAAGAGGGGUGCUUAGAUCCGAAGUUGAUAGAUCCUUGUCGAGAGAUAAUAUUAUCAUAGUGGAUUCCUUAAAUAGCAUUAAGGGUUACAGGUACGAGUUAUGGUGUUUGGCUCGUGCUGCAGGAAUAAGAUAUUGUGUCCUCCAUUGUGAUGUCGAAGAUACCCAUUGUAGAAAAUGGAACGAAGAACGAAGGGAGAGAGGGGAGGCCUCUUAUAAUGACAAGAUAUUUGAAGAUUUGGUGAGAAGGUUCGAGAGACCUGAUAGAAGAAACCGGUGGGAUUCGCCUUUGUUUGAGUUAUGGCCAUUUAAAGAUGGAAUUGAGAAGUCCUCUCCAGCAAUUUUAGAUUCUGUUUUGUACCUUACGAAAACAGUGGACUCAAAAACAAGGGAUGUGAAAGUUUUGCAGCCUACAAUUGCAACGCAAACUAAUAGGGUUUCUGAGGCGAAUUCUCUUUAUGAGAUAGACAGGGCGACACAAGAGGUGAUGAAUGCGAUUGUGGAAGCACAAUCGCAGGCGAUUGGGGGACCCAUGAAUGGAAUCACUAUUGGCCAUGGAUUGCCAACUGUCAACAUUUCAAGAGCUGUGGGGCUGCCGGAGCUACGUAGGUUAAGGAGAACUUUCAUUAAGUUAACAGGGCAAUCGAGCUUAAGUGGUCGACCUCCGCCUUCUGAUGCAGAGAGUGCAAAGAGGAUGUUUGUUGAUUACUUGUGCAGAGAACUUGAAACCGGUUGAAGGCGAAAGAUCAGCAUGAUAUGUCUGCAUUUGAGCCUGACUUUUUGUUUACUGUUUAACGUGCUUUUAUCACCUUUCAAGCUGUAGUGCUGUACUAUCCCAUUUAUCAGUUUUUGUAAACUAGCAGGAGGUUGCUUUCGGGGGCUUUAUUGAUGGUGCGCAGGUUGGUUAUUGUCUGGAAAAGAAAAGUGGGAGCAAGAAAUGGGAAAAUUACAAAUAGCUGUCUCUGUAGUUGGAGUUACAUUGUAUCAUCUUUUGAACUUUUUUAUUGCUAUCGGAAAGAAGUUUUCGUUUUC